AUGGCCGCCGCUUCCCUUCUCUACUGAUUGCCGAGCCAAGCUGGCCUCCCCAGUACCCUCCCUCCCCCCCGCCCCAGACCCGGACCCCGACCCAGAUCCGGAUCCCGACCACACUGACGAGGAGCAGUAUGUAGGGGAGGGCGAGUCCACGGAGCUUGAAGCACACCGGGCGCCCUCGGACUACAAGGACGCCGAGACCAUCACAGAUGUGUGCAACAGCACCGACCUGCCAGAGUUUGAAAUCAUCAGCCUCUUAGAGGAGCAGCUGCCGGUUUAUCGCCUCCGGGCGGACACCGUCUACGGCUACGACAAUGAUGACUGGCUGCACACGCCCCUGGUGGCCUCCGACACCCCGCUGGACCUGACCACCGAGCAGAUAGAAGAGACGCUUAAAUACUUCUUGCUCUGUGCAGACAGAGUGGGCCAGAUGACGAAGACCUACAAUGACAUUGACGCCGUCACACGUCUUCUGGAGGAGAAAGAGAGAGAUCUGGAGUUGGCAGCAAGGAUCGGCCAGUCCCUCCUGAAGAAGAACCGAGUUCUGACAGAGCAGAAUGACUAUCUGGAGGAGCAAGUGGGACAAAUCACUGAGGAGGUGGCGCAGCUGCACCAUGAGCUCAACCUGAAGGACGAGCUGCUGCAGUUUUACACCAGCGCGGCCGAGGAGAGCGAGGAGGAGUCGGGCGCUUCCCCAACGGGCAAGAAGAAUCGCAUUGAAGGCGCCUGUGGAAGCUUCCUGAGCGACACGCUGCAGAAGAAACUCAAAGAGCUGGAGGAAGAGAACCUGUCGCUCCGGUCUGAGGCUAGCCAUCUCAAGUCAGAGACUGAAACGUACGAGGAAAAGGAGCAGCAGCUUGUCAAUGACUGUGUGAAGGAACUCAGGUUGUCCAGUCUGCAGAUUUCUACCAUCGCAGAGGAACUGGCCCGUAAGACCGAUGAUGCCUCCCGACAACAGGAAGAGAUUACACACCUCCUCUCCCAAAUUGUAGACCUGCAAAAGAAAGCCAAAUCCUUGGCGGUGGAGAAUGAAGAGCUCUCCCAGCAUCUCAUCGCAGCCAAGGAUGCUCAAAGGCAACUCACUGCAGAGCUGCAAGAGCUGGAGGAGAAGUACUGCGAGUGUAUAGAGAUGCUGCACGAGGCCCAGGAGGAGCUGAAAAACCUGAGGAACAGAAACUACGCUGUGGGAACACCCAGGCGCUACCAUCCUCUGGGACUGUACCCCAUGGACUCAUUGGCUGCAGAGAUUGAGGGAACAAUGAGAAAGGAGUUAAGUCUGGAUGACCCAGAGUGUGAACAGCAAAAAAUCCAUCGCAAGCGUGUUUUCGAGACAGUCAAGAACGUCAACCAGACGGUCCGUCAGCGCUCUCUGACCCCGACCGGCGCCAACAUCCCGGGCUCCAACCAGUCCCUGUCCUCAUCCCGCACGUCGCCGCAGUCCAGCGGUCUCACCAGUCCUCACUCCAGUGUGUGCGGAGGGGACUUCGCUGGGGACGGCGUCACUCUUGACAACCGCACGCAGAGCAUCCUCAUGGAGACUGCGUCCAAUCAGGAGAGGAUGACAGAAGGCCAAGAGAAGAAGGCGAGUGGAGCUGAGGAUUUGCGUCUGGCCCUGCGUCGCUUGUCUCUACGCCGUCAAAACAACCUGAGCGAGAGGCGCUUCUUUGAGGAAGAGAGAGAGCGCAAGCGAGGAGGAAGUCACCCAGACACUCUGGGCCACGGGGGCAUGAUCACUCCUUCCGAAAGCAUCAUGUCACUGGGAAAUCUUCACUUGUGGGCCUCUAGGGGGCCCUACCUUCCUGAUAAACUCCAGAUUGUCAAGCCGCUUGAAGGCUCGGCCACCCUGCACCACUGGCAGCAAUUAGCCCAGCCGCACCUCGGGGUCAUCCUGGACGCAAGGCCGGGAGUGGUGUCGAAAGGCUACAGACCCCUCGAACUGGAGCUUGACCAGGUCUGUGGGUCCACUGUCCAUGUGUAUUCAUGGGGCAGCUUUGAGGAGGAUGAAGCAGCAGAUCGCUACUUUCAGAAUUUACCCACCUCCUCAUCCACCGCCUCUCCAGCUACCUGCACGACCACUACGACCGCCGGCGCCACCAGUCUGCCCCCGGCUCACCUGGGUCCACCCUCUCCGCCUUCGCCGUCCCCUUCGCCGCAUCUCAGCAACACAGAUGCUCUAGCCGCGUACUACCCGGGUAAAUGCAUGGCCCACACCAGCGCCACCUACACCUUCACGACAUGCCGCAUCCUGCAUCCCACUGAUGAGCAGACGCGGGUCACGCCCAGUCUCAAUGCCAUCCCCGCGUCGUCCUCCUGUGUGAUGACCAGCUCCCUACUGGGAACACCAGCGGCAACACCCUGCACGCCUCGCAGGCUCAGUCUGAGACCUUCUGAAUCAUCAACUAACCUCAGAGAUGCCACCCGCACCACCAGCACCUCCCUGGGCUUAGUACGCCUCCUUCAGGAGAGAGGGAUCUCUGCAGCCAUGUAUCACCAGAGUCGGGGUCUGGACGUCGCUCAAGGCAGUGAAGGCGUCUUAUUCAGCACCUCUGUCGCUCCCAACAGACCCCCUGACCCGGACCCCCUGCGCCCCACCACCCCUCCAAACUCCCCCACAGGACAGGGGGCUUCAUCGGUAGCCACCUCCAUGGGCUUCGACUUCAAGAGCCCCUCCUAUGACAACUUCCUGGCCUCCAAACCGGCUCGUUCCAUCCUGAAGGAGGUGACGGCCGGGAUGAGGGGCCGCCAGAGGGGGCGGGACUGCGAGAGUCAGACUGACGUGAGCGUGACCGUGCACAACCUCAACCUGCUGGAUAAGGUGAAGCGGCUGGGUGUGGCCGGGGCACCGGGGGCCAGAGCGGUGAGUCCAAGCCCAAUGCUGGGGCCUCUGGGUGGGCUGCGUCGAUCGGGCUCCCCCUUUGGACCUGAUGGGCUAAGACGGAACAGGAGUUAUCCGGCUAGCAUGGCCAUGAAAGCUCCAGGUCCUCCUGAGUAGUCUGGAGUAGGGAAGGAGGAGGAGACAAUCAGUGAGGAGGACUGGCUGCUGGGCAGUCACAUGAUAUGUGGACACUGCAUUAACAACAACGUACAGCAAUGACACACUAAUGCAGGAUAAAUCAUCCAUAGAAGAACUGAAAACUGAGCAUUGUUGUGUUGCAUCUCCUUGGGGGGUGCAGAUGUAGCUAACGCUGUGUCCUGUGAGUAUGUAGCCAUUUUUGUAACAUUGUUGCUUCCUUUGAAACGUCUGCCUCCCUUUCACUGCAAUGAAUUGAACACUUUUUUGCUAAUUUGGAUAUAAACCAGUAUAAAAAUAAUAUUUUAAAUAUAUAUACAUACUAUAUUAGCCACUGCUUCAAAUAUAGCACGCUUCCCACAGACCUUUGCUUCCACCCCAUAACAAAGUAUGUGUCACUAAUAUGAAGACUACAAUUGAUUUUUUGGUUUGGAUGCUUGGGCAAGGCGAACGGAAAUUGGCUGCCACACAAGGAAAGUUUAUGAUGUUGCUGUAAAGUGGACCUUGUGGGAGGGGAGGAAGCUUUGAUUGAUGUUUGACAUGAGGGAGGGACAGAAUGAGGGUCACACUGCUUCAUUUUUAACCCAUCACUGCAAUGUCUAUAAUAGCUUGUUAUGUGCAUAAGCACAUUUCACUAUGGCGUCAGGGACAUUAUGCAAAUCAGUCAGGGCUUUUGCAAUAAAACGAAAUUAACCAUCUAAGCUUUUUUUUUUUCUAUUAAUCACAGUAACUCAUUACGCCAGCAGGUGGUGCUCAUGAGUAACUUAGCAGCACUUCAACUAUCAUCCAUCAUACUCCACUCCCAUUUUGUCAUCCUUAUCUGUAAUGCA